GGUCAAAAGCCCUAGCCACCAACCUUCCUUGUCAAGCCCGCGGCCCCUCCGCCUCAUCUCCUCCCCGUCCCUCCUCUCCAAUGCCGCCGCCCUCGAUGCGCCAUGAGGGCACCGUCGACACGUCAGGGAUACACCGUGAUGGAGCUCAGCCCAAGCCCAGCAGAAGCCACUCCUAACCAUGUUCGCUCGAUUGACAAGAGCAGGGCGGAAGAUUGGAUCGAGGGCGCCCGCAUGGCCUCGCCGCCACUGUCACCUGGAUUCGCUAGCCGCCUCCUUGAGUCACACCCGUCGCCGCCGCGAGUAAGCUCCACCGUUGCUGCCAGGAAUCUCGUCCCCGGCAAGGUAAUUUCCUCUGAAUCCCUGCUCUCCCUAACUCCCUUAUCCUGCUGCCCUACUUGCUGCGUGUGUGCUGUGUGCUGUGUGCGUUUAGCCAUGAUCUCCGCGAGAAAGCUCAAGUCCCUCCACUUUUACAGGAAAAUUCCUAGGGAUUUUAUUGACGGAGGCAUCACUAUCUGCUGCUGGAUUAUCCAUUUUUGUAGCACUAGCAAUGCUAGGCCGCUCAUGCCAAGCAUCGUUUCACAUUCAGGUUCUGCCUCCGGGGAGUACCGUGAUUACCCUAGCGAAGAGCCAUAUCUGUGCAUCGAACCAUCAGGGAGGUUUACUCUCCCUCGAGAACAACGCUCAAAGCUUACAUGGUUGUCAAUCUUGGGUGCCUUGUGCGGACUUUCAAGUUUCGGCAUCAUUUUAAAAUUGUUUGGUGUCCAUGAAUUUGCCGAUGAGCUUGGCGUGCACCAGCUGCCUCAUGUAGGAUUUUGGCGCUCGUGAUCUUCCUUGCUUAGCAAACUACUAUCGUUGCUGAUCCAUCACAAUAUUGACCAUGAACUUUGUGCAUCUCUGAGGUUCUUUUGCAUGAGGAAACGGAAGGAUAUCUUCGUCCUCAGCACAUCGGUGUCUAAGGCUGCUUCCUGUGUCAUUGCGCCGGCAGAGUGCAAGAACAAACAUUAAUGUAUCAGUGUAGAUAAUUGUAUCUUUCUUUUUUCAUUGAUUUAAGAUACUCACAUAUAUAUGGUUACCAAUGCUCUACCAUACCUAAUUGUUGGUUCUAAUUGGCUUCUCUAUCAGAGAGUCAAGCCACAACUUUGACAAAUCUUCUAUCAUGUUCAGUAAAAAUACCAAGAAUGAUGUUCGAAAAGCUAUGCUGCACCAUCUGGGACCGGGUUGUGAUACUUGGAAUGGGAUACCUGGGACUCUCGGUGUAUGUGGGACAGUGAAAGAUCUUUGCUUAUCUGAA